GGUGGCUGUCGUCCGGGUGGCGGGGACCACAUGGCAUUUGGAUAUAGCUGAGAGUGAUAAGGGCGGAUAAUUCGCGAGACAAUUACAUCUUUGCCACUUUCACAGAAAUGUGAUUUUUGAGUCUUGGCUAAACUGGCAGCAACGUAGAGCAAAGUUACCAUGAUCGGGGACGUAGAGAAGAUGGUGGCGGUGGGCCUUGUCUGGGGCGCCACCAACGCCAUCAUGCGCCGCGGCGCGCUGCUGUGGGACGAGGCCCUCAAAUCCACUUCGAGGCCACCGCAAGCACAAGCACCGCCGCUCCACAAGCUCAUCGCUUCGCUCAAGAAUUGGCUCACCCUCCUCUCGAUCUGGCAGUACUCGGUCCCCUUCUUGAUAAACCUCUCGGCCUCCGCUACUUUCUUCGCCAUUCUAAGCCACACCCCCAUCUCUCUCACCGUGCCCGUCACCAAUGCGACGACGUUUGCUGCCACCGCCGUCUUCGGAUUGCUGUUGGGGGAGAAGACCCGCGUGGCCCACGCUUUGCUUGGUACGGGUCUGAUCGUUCUCGGUGUUUGGCUUUGUAUUUCGUGACGACUUUUUUUUUUUUUUUUUUCCUGAAAUUUGACUAACCCUAAACCCUUGGUUUCUUUGUUGAGAAAACUGGGGAAAAGAACAGGAAUUUUUGUGAUCUAUGUUAUUUUAGCUUUUAAAUUCCUGUUGGGUAUUUCAAAUAUUUUUUUGAGAUUGCUUUACGAAUGAAUCCUAUGUUUGUAUUUGGUUUCUGAAAUAUGAGUUUGUAGCUGGUAAUUUGGAGAGUUUA